UAGUUACUUUUUCUCCUCAUAUUUUCGAAACAAUCAUAGUAAUUACUCCAUAAUUGGGUGGUUUUGUUGAUACAGUGUCGUUUUUGUAAAGUUAUAACGCGUUAAGUGAGUUUUCCACCCAUCAGUGAUUCAGUGUUCGUUUAUGUAUGUCUGUGUUUGACAUGAUGUGGGAAAUUAGUUGCUGAUGGUUUAUUGUACUAUAUUGACACUGUAAACAGAUCUACGUUAACAAGCAUAAAAUGCACAUUUGUAUGACAUCACGUGACGUAGUUGUGUAUGUUAUAUAUCGUGCGGUGUACUUCCGGUGAGGUUUUGUAACAAUGAUUGUGCGGUUAUGCAAUUUUACACAUUUCUACAGAAAGACUGUGUGUGUUUGUGUGUGUGUUCACUUCACUGCAGAGCGGAUCUCAUAAUUUACAGUGCGCAUGGCUCAGGUACGAUGCUCCGUCGCGGAGGCGCUGUGGGGAGUGUGUGCUGCUGAUGCGAUGUCGAUGCCGGUCCACUGGUUCUACAACACCGCAGACAUCAGAACACACUUCAGCGGCUGGAUCACGGGCUUCAACGCGCCGCGCAACACACACCCGUCCAGCAUCCUCCGCCUGUCCAACACCGCUGGCAGCGGUCGCACUAACGGCUCGUCUGGAGAUCCUGUGGUGGGGAACGUGAUUCUGCAUGAUAAGCUGAAGUUCUGGAUGGAUCCGAGUGGAUCGGUGCACUACCAUCAAGGACUCCUCGCGGGUCAGAACACCCUGAACGCUCUGUGCGCUCUGAGAGCCGCCCGUGUUCUGUCCGCCGGCUCGUUCCCCAGCGCCGCCGAUCCCGCCGCGCGAGCCGCCGUUCUGUCGGAUUACGUGGAGUUCCUGACGAGUCCCGGCUCUCACGACGACACGUACGCGGAGUCCUUCCACCGGAGCUUCUUCAGCGACUGGCGGGAGCAGCGGCCCACGGCGCCCCGAGAGGUUCUGGAGUUCGCGGAGCGGCGGUCGAGGCGGAUGUUGAACUCGUCCCGCAGUGACGGACAGCUGAACGCCAUCGGCUGUCUUCCCAUCGCCAUUCCCUUCGUGCUGAUGUCUGCCACAGCCAAUGAGGAGCAAGCGGUGUGUGCGGCGGUGGAGUUCGUGAAGCUCACUCAUCCUCACGCGCAGCUGGAGCCGCUGGUGUCUCUGUACGCUCGUGCGCUUCACGCGACGCUGAACGGAGCCUGUCUGCGGCGGACGGCGGAGGCCGCGCUCAGAUCGCCCGCGCUCGACGCCUGGGCCGCGAGUCAGCGCUUCAUCCAGCGGGCCGAGAGGUUUCCAGCAUCAUCAGACGAGCGUCUGAAGGUCCAUCAGAGCGCCGUGGAGUCUCUCGGACUCGCCUGCUACACACAAGGAGCUCUGACGAGCCUCUUCUAUCUGGCGUACUGCUUUCAUGAUGACGUGACGGAGGGAAUCCUGACCAACACCAACUGUGGAGGCGAGAACUGUAACCGCGGCGCAGCGUUAGGAGCUCUCCUCGGCGCGCGGGCGGCGUAUCUCGGCUCAGCCGUUCCUCAGACGUGGAAGAACGAGUUACGGGACGCUCCGGAGCAGAUCUGUGCUGUCCUGCGGGACCUGGAGACCUGACAACACACACACACACACACACACACACAGGAAGUGCUGCCCACAGAUGAGGUUUCCAGCUCGACUUCCCCUCAUCUGCGCUUCAUGACCUACUUACACACUUCUCACAUCAGAGCUGCAUCUGUUAUAUGACGGAUGAAAUAAUAAUCAGAUUAUAGAAUUAUUAUAGAAUAUAUCGCUCUAAACUCUCUCUAUUUCUUUUCUAAAGCUGAUUUAAACCCGUAUACGGCAGUGGAAGUGCGGAGCGGGAAACACUUGUUUGUGGAAAUAUUAUUAUGAAUGUGUUGAAGAUGUAGAUUACGCUUCAGUUUAGGGUUCGGUUCUCGUCAUUAAUAGUUGUGUAUUAUAAAUCACAUAACUAGGAUUAGGACAUCAGCUGUUUAUUAGUUCAUAUAAAGCAGAUAUUAAUGCCUUAUUCUGCAUGAUCAUAUUCUAUAAGCUAAACCGCACUCAUUAAUGAGCAGACCCUAAACUAAAGUGUGACCAAUCUUAGUGUAUGAAACAUAAUACAAUGAAACAUGCAAAUUAUGAAACAUAUGCAAAAACAAGAGAAUCAACCAAAUAUGAAUAACUCAGUGUCAGCUUUAUGCGUUCUGUGUGCGUAGUGAAAUAAAGGCUAGUUUUCUUUUCAUCCCCAAAUAAUUCUGUCAGAAAAACACUAUAGAUACUCAUGAAGCAUUAAAUUAAUUUAUUUUAUUUAAAAUUGAAGGGUUUGUUAAAGCGAAACUGUUAUGUUUUCUCGCGACUCUAAUGUAGCAUUCGCUUGUGAUCGUGAUUAUUAAACGCUCUGCUAUGAAUGAUAUUCCGAUUCAGAUUAUUUGCACAUUUUGAGAAGCUGAACAUGCGUUUGUGUGUUUGAGUUUUUUUAAAUUGUAGCACUUUGGGAUUUUGCUUAAAUAUAAAGUGUGUUACAAAUAAAAUCUAUUAUUUUGAUUUGUUGA